GUUUUAUUUAGGUUUUCUAUCUGAGAGAAAUUGCAAUAUAAUAUAAGUAUAUUUUAGGAUACUCAUAUAUUUGGAUCAAAAGGACCAAGAAAAAUAACAAUUUUAUUGUAUAAUGUUGAAAAACCUAUUCAUCCAUUAAAGGAAAAUGAAACAAUUAUUGAAGAAUGGCGAGCUGGACGUGCAACUGAUUUAAUUGAGAUAAAAAAUAAAACACCAGUAUAUAAUGAAGAAAGUAAAAUAUAUAGUCUUGCAUUACUUGAAAAUCAUGCAAUACAACCAUCGCAUAAAAAUUUUCAAUUAGUGAUUACAAAUGGAGAUCAUGAAGAAGAUAUUGUUAUGCAAUUUGGUCGUAUUGAUGACAAUAAUUUUGCUCUUGAUUAUCGAUAUCCUCUUACAGCUAUGCAAGCAUUUGCUAUUGCAUUAAGUUCUUUUCAUAAUCGAUUUCGUACUUAA